AUGAACGCUUUUGAGACUCAUUUACCAAAGGAGAUCGUGCCUGAUUCUCUCCCUAGCUCUUUUAAUCCCAGGCGUGAAGAGUAUGCCAUCGCCGGGAAGAUUCUCCGGCAGCGAUCAGACUUUGAUAAAGACGGUUUUAGCCCUCUUCAUGCGGCAGCGGCAGCCGGUCAGGUAGAGACUGUGAGGGCAAUUUUGGGAAUUGAUACAAAGCUUUGCCGCCUAAAAGGUAGAGAUGGAAAUACUCCUCUUCUUGUCGCAGCGAUGAGAGGGAAAACCGAUGUGAUCAGAGAGAUUAUAUCGAGCUGUGUUGGUUGCUUACAAGACGAGACGGUUCAAAGUCAAACUGCUUUGCAUCUUGCUGUUCUGCACCGAGAGAUCGGAGCAGCCAUAGCUAUUGUUGAGUUGAUCACAGAGACUAAUAGAACUGACGUGUUGAGCAAGAAAGAUGAACAGGGUAAUACAGCUCUUCAUCUUGCAACCUGGAUUAAAAAUCGCCAGGUGAUUGAAGUGUUGGUUCAGGCAAUCCCAGAGGACUCAAGAGCAUUUGAGGUGAAUGCUAUGAACAAGAUGGGUCUGUCCGCACUGGAUUUGCUAGUUAUGUUUCCAAGUGAAGCUGGCGAUAGAGAAAUCUAUGAGAAACUCGUGGAAGCUGGAGCUCAAAGAGGGAGAGACGCCGGUACAACCAAUGUUGAGAGAACCACUUCUACUUCCACAUGCCAAGAGGGAGCAGUGGGGUCACAAAGCCACAAAGAUCUUGUCAAGUACUUCACUUUCAAAAAGUACAGAGACUCACCAUCAGAGGCGCGUAGCGCUCUACUGGUGGUGGCUUCCCUAGUCGCCACAGCCACCUUUCAAGCUAGCCUGACUCCACCAGGUGGAACCUGGCAAGAUAGCUACAUACCUGCUGUUUCCCAGAACAAAACGAGUGUGAAUACUACAGAUCAACUAGCUCAUAUAGCAGGGCAGUCUAUCAUGGGAACCUUUAAUGGAGUUGCUUUCACUUUGUUUGUGUUCUUUAACACAAUUGGGUUUUCCGUUUCACUUUCUAUGCUCAACAUUCUCACCCUCGGAUUCCCACUGCGGUUCCAGCUUCAGGUCUGUAUGAUGGCUAUGUACUUCUCGCACAACACGGCCAUGACCAGCAUUGCUCCCGAUCAUGUCAAGCUUUACUGCAUUCUCAUCACGUCCAUUCUCGCUGCUACCACCCCGGGUUUUAUGAGGUUGCUUGAGACGCCUAUUAGCAUGGUCGGGCAAUUCUGGAACUCCAUGUUAAAGAAAAUCUGUUCAUUUAUUUCAGUACAUAAUAUUUCAUGGAGAGGUUCUGCAAUAUAA